AUGUUUCUAACUUUGGGAGUUAUCGAAUUGGGCCAAAAAUAUCAAGAUGGAUUAGUCAUCGUUCCCCGUAAAAAUAUAAACAAUCAUCCAGUGCCAAGCCUUGAUUUCACUUCAAUGUAUCCUAAUAUGAUAAUAACAAUAUACAUUUCAUUAAAGACUAAAGUUUCCACCACUUCAUCUGAUCUGUUGCUAAAUACAAUCUUCGAUAAUAACCAGAUAAUUAUGAAAUUUAAACCUUAUUAUGAUCAAGAAGAAAAGAUAGAGUUGAUGCCAUUGAUGUGUAAAAAGCUGUUGAAAGAACAUGCUAAGGCUAAAAAAUUAAUAAAAGAACAUAAAAAUAAUUCCAUUAAAUUAGCAUACUUCUUAUCAAAAUCAAAUGUGUUAAAGAGCUAUUUGGGGUUCAAUGAUCAAAAACAAUUAUCACAAUCAUAUCUUAAAUUACCAGAUAUAAUAGCACAAGAAAAAAAUAAUCAAUUGUGA